GGUUAGGUGUCUGUUUGAAUUGCCUGAAGAAUUUCGGUCUGUCUUAUCAAUGUGUGUUUCUAUGCGUAUGUUGCGUGUCCUUCAGUCCUGUCUCUCGUUUCUAUUUUUAUCAUCGCAGGUUAGCUACUUUCCAGACUGUAAAGCUCAGAAUUGCUGCUGUCUGUGCAGCUAGCUAGCUACACAUAUAGCACACGCUUACACUCGCGCCAGCGUCCAAGCUAGCUAGUAGUAGAUCUGAUCUAAUACAAAACUCUAUAUGCACGAAAUGGAAUGCAGAGUAUUAUCAAUUCAGAGUCAUGUUGUCAGGGGAUACGUUGGUAAUAAAUCGGCAUCGUUUCCUUUGCAGGUGCUGGGGUUUGAGGUGGACUCCAUCAAUUCGGUGCAGUUCUCCAAUCAUACGGGUUACGCCCACUGGAAGGGCCAGGUACUGACAGCAGACGAGCUGCACGUUCUCUAUGAGGGAAUCAAGCUGAAUAAUGUCAACCACUAUGACUACGUGCUGACAGGGUACACCAGAGACACGUCCUUCCUGGAGAUGGUGGUGGACAUCGUGCAGGAGCUGAAGAGGGCGAACCCUAACCUUGUGUACGUGUGUGACCCGGUGCUGGGGGAUCAUGGCUCUAUGUAUGUUCCAGAAAACCUCCAUCCUGUCUACAAGAACAAGGUGGUCCCUGUGGCUGACAUUAUCACACCCAACCAGUUUGAGGCAGAGCUGCUAACAGGGAAGAAUGUCAGCACAGAGAAGGAUGCAGUGGAGGUGAUGGACCUGCUCCACAACAUGGGCCCUGACACGGUGGUCAUGACCAGCUCUGACCUGCCCUCCCGGCUGGGGGACCGCUUUCUGGUGGCCCUGGGUAGUCAAAGGACAGUGAAGCCGGAUGGAACCAGGUCGACCCAGCGGAUCCGGAUGGAGAUCCCCAAGGUGGAUGCGGUUUUUGUGGGGACAGGAGACCUGUUCGCUGCCAUGAUGCUGGCCUGGACUCACUACCACCCCAAUGACCUCAAGUCAGCCUGUGAGAAGACCUUCUCCGUCAUGCAUCAUGUUAUACAGAGGACUAUCUCCUAUGCUCAUGACAUGGCUGGUCCGGGUCGAAGGCCCAGCCCGGCGCAGUUGGAGCUGCGUAUGAUCCAGAGCAAAGCAGACAUUGAGGACCCGGCCAUCGUGGUGGAGGCCACUGUGCUAUAGAGCACCCCCCCACCCCCCCGCCCCACCUCCUCUACCCUGCCCCCCCACCCCACCCCACCCUAACACACAACCGCACAAUGUAUAGAUGUUGUACAUUUUGACCUGUAAUGUGACAUUGCCUUAGAAACAGAGCACAACAUUUCCAUGAGCCGAGUUCAGCAGGGUACCGACGGAGGAGGGCGGGGGAGGUGGGGAGGGGCGGGGGGAGGGUUCCCUGAUCACUCUCUGACUCCCUCGCCCUCUCACUCCCUCUUUGAGCUUCUCUAACCUCUUUACAAGUCCUGCACAUACAGUCCCACUGUGCCCCUGGAACUGUGUCUCCCACACAAAAACCCACAAUCCCGAGCUGUCCUCUGGCUUGGGAUCACGGUUAAGAGGGCAAAAGGGUACAAUAGGUCAGUGCUUUUGGGCUUGUUUUGCACUACGUCCAGUCCUGGGGGGCUAGUGUGUCUGCUAGAUUUUGUUUUGUUUCAGCACUUAACUGCUUAAUGUAAGUCAAUGAUUGGCUAACGAGUUCACACGUCUGGUUUCCAAGGCCUAUAUUUGCUGCUGAUUUUAAGGAAACUACAAAAACCUCCUGACACGAGGCCCUUUGGGAGUUGUGGACCCCUUUUUUAAAUGGACUUCAGGGCUCUGAGUGGUCAUGUUCUUUGGCUCUUAACUGGCCCUUGUCAUGGACCAUUUGUGGUCCUGUUUCAGUCUUAUUGAGGGUUAAAAAAUGAGCGACCGUACACCCAUAUCAUGAAAAUAAUUGACCCAAUCGGAUCCUCUCUUGGCCUCAUGUCAAAAAGCAAAAAGAAAAACAAGUUCAAAUGCGAAGACAAAAGGUGGGCAAUCUGUUUGCAUCGAAGGGGGUUUUUUAGUGGACGAGUCUUAACAUUGUGUUUGAAUGAGAUUUAAUCCACAAUUGUGACGUGUAUUCAUAAAUCAUUUCCAGUAAGUCUACUGCAGUGGUUUUGAGAAAGCGUGUCCCAUUGUGCUCAUGAAUCAUGGUCGUCAUAUGCAAUUUCUUAACCUUGCACAUUUCCAACAACAUUGUGAUUUUGUUGUUGUUCACUUUGAAAUGGCAGAAGUCUAUCAUUUCAAAGUUUAAACUGUAAGAUUUGUAGGUGUGUUUUACUGUUUUGUUUGUUAGUCCCUUUUAUGACAUGCAAUAAUUUAUUAUUUUUUACAUUUCAUUUUAACUGAAUUACUUGCAAUGAUAAUCAUACAACACUGGUCUAUACAUAAACAACCAUUUAGCAUGGUGAUAAUUAAUUGAUAUUUAAUUUUUUAAUUAAUUUAUUUUUAAACUGCAUAUCACAGGAAGAGAUGUGUGUCAACAUGAAAAAUAUCAAACUGCCUCUGUAGUGAAAAGAAGAGCAAACCGUAAACUGUUUGUAAGUCUGUGCCAACAAUGAAAUCAACCCCUAUUUACAAAAAGUGCCAAAUUACCAGUUGCUGCUUGGUUAUAUUAAUGUAAAUUACAAAUAAAAAGAUGACGUUUUUAAAUUAAAAUCACUGGUUUCCAUUGCUGGUCUUGUUAAUUUCCCCAGCUGUGAUUGUGAUUCUGGUCCUGUAACAUAGUGAACCUUUUUGAAAUCUGUCAUAUCAUAACCAACCUAACUAUUCUCAGUUGUCUUGCAACAUCCAUUUCCCACAGUCCAUUGCAGUCCAGCUUGGCUUACUCAUAGACCUGCAGUCUUCUGUCCAUUUCCAUCAUCCUAAUGGUGUUCAGUUCAAACCUCUAAUGUUGAGGUCAUGAGACAGCACUAGGGGUGGGGAUUGGAGCGGGCGUGUCUGUGCAGGACCAAUCGGAGGUUAGCCCAGCUCUGACUGACACAUACUGACUCUUAAGCUUUCCAUGAACCUGUGAACUGUUUAAUCUCUGUUCCAGCUGUGCGUAUGUGUACGUGUGUAUGUGUGUCUGUCGUCUGUAAGUGGGGUUUGGGGGGGUGGGGGGGCAGUUGAGUGGGCGUGGGAAUCGUGUUUCCAUGUUUUUUCUUCUCAAAGGAAGAAAGAAAAAGUGAGAAGUUCUGUACCCACCAGAAGUGGGAAAUGGUUUAGCUUCCGGCAUUUUCUUGGUAGAGCCAGUUUCUGUAAAUUUAGACCGACCAAAGUUCAAAGACAUUUUCUCCCCAUCUCUAUGGAUGAGCACUCAUGGCAGGUGCUGUUUGUGUGUGUGCAUAUUUGUGCACCUGCACCUGCAUCUGCCUUGAACCUAAAAAAAUCUGAAAUAUCCUGGCGUAAUCGUGAGCUUUACCAGAGCCCUCACAGCAAGCGUGUGAGAGAUGGUGUGCGUGGGCGUGCAUCUUCUGGCAAGAUGCACCAGUCGACCUGAUGACCCUAUCAAAAGAGCUGCCCGGGCGGGGGGGUUCAUGCGACCAAACUAGCCCAGGUCUCCGAGCGCAUGCCCUGCAGGAAACCAUGGCAACCAUUCCAGACACUGGCAACACAGUGUAGCCCCCCCUCCCCCCACCCCACUGAGAAAAGGAGUGAGGAGGGUCUUCAGUUGAUUGAAGAAAAAAAAUGGUGUAAAUACGUGUAAAUAUGUAAAUGGAGAGAAAAGUUGUGCAGAGUGUGGUGAAACCAUGUGGGCUAGUGUGCCAGCUCUGGUAUAGUUCUUUGCCAUCAGUGCAAACCCAAGCUGGAUUUUCGUCCUUAACCAAACCCCCCUGCCUAUUCUUUAUUAUGCCAGAGCAGAACUUGUCUCCGCACCACUCUCAGAACAGGGGUCUUCAACCCUAACCCUAGAGAGGUCAUGCUGGAUUUGUUAUUACUGAGCUCUUAAAGUUCGCCCAAAAAUGAAAUUAAGUUUCCACUAACCCAGAGUACUAUCUGUCUGUCCAGAUAAUUUCUCUGAGAUUUGAUGAGUUUUCUAGAUAUCCACUGCAGCUCAUCCUGAUACAACAGACCACAAUGGGUCCAUAUUUUUGUGGCACUCAAUGCGCCAGAAAUUGAUGUGGAAAAACUCAACAGCAACGUCACUUUCCAUGUAUCAUGCCACAUUUAGUCAUGAACAUCCACAGAACUUAAUUUGUACACCAAGAACUUCUACCUAAGUAUCCCAACUGUGUAUCCAUGCAGGCUCAACCCAAGCACACCAUAGAGUGUUAGUUUGUAGUUCUAAAACCUGGAAAUGAUGUAGCAUUUUUGAGCCAUGGGUUCCCUCUGUAGAUUUCAAAUACCUUUUUCCAAUUUUAUGUUAUGUCUGUUGUUAACAUAAACUGAAGCAAGUUUCACAUUUUUGUACUUCAACAUAAAUUAAACCCGUUAAUAUUUAAACCAAGAAUUUUGAAGAUAUGUGCUUUAUUAAAGUAAAAUGUGAGCAAGUUGCUAUAUUGAAGCUACAACAAACGAUUUUGUUCCGCCAGUGUCCUGUCAGCACCACUGAAGUUUCAUACUAGUCCCCCUGCUAUUUGCUGAGAUAUGCACGUUUGGUGUAAUUCGGUAGAAGUAGUAGUUCUUGAUGAAACCAAAGACAAAUUAAGCUCUGUGGAUGUUCUGAGUGACUGGCAUUAUAUUUAGAAAGAGACGUUUUGCGAAAUGUAAACUUUCAGCACAUUGAGUACCACAAAAAUAUGGGUCUGAUGAGGUCCGUUGUAUCAGGGUGAACUGCAACGGAUAUCUACAGAACUUCAAUCAAAUCUCAGCUGAAUGGAUAGAUAGUACUCUAGGUAAGAGAAAACACCUUAAUUUCAUUUUUGGGUGAACUGCCACUUCAAAUGAUCAAUUAAAGAAGUUCUAAGCUAAAAACAAAUACCACAAGCAUCUCUGUGGGUCUCCAGAACCAGGGAUGGGGCCUGUCCGGCUCACAGUAUAUAAAAAAAAUAAUAUUAAAAAAAUGUUUAAUAUAUAUAUAUAUAUAUAAAAACAGGUAUUUCAGAUUCUGAGUGGACCAAACUGAAUCACAGAACUGAGUCCCCCCCCCCCCCCCUUUCCCCAUACCUCGGUCUUGCACAGUAAAGCUAAGUGCCCCUGGCUACAUUUGCCCCCCUAGUCUUGACCACUGUGCUGCCAGGAGUGUUGCAGCUCGUCUAAGCAGGGCCAGCAGUGAAGCGUCUCGAUUGCAUGUGCGCGCUCCGCAGUCUGUGUACAGGAAACGGGUUACGACACCGCGAAUAUCGACCACUCCGGCGGCGGUCGACGGCGUCAGACGAAGCAAACUGUGAUUUCCCUGAGCGCGCGUGAACGCCCCCUACCUCCUUGCCUUUGUGUCUGUAUCUGUCCCUUAGCAGUUAAAACAGUGACCACCAGUCUUUGCUUGGCUCUUUGUUUUUUUUGUUGUUGUUUUUUGGUUUCUUAUUUUUGAAGAUGUUUAUUUUUCAAUUUUCUUUUCUUAAUGGGAGAAUAAAAAUAAAUCAAUAAAAGUGUA